UGCUCACCGGCGGCCUGAGAGUACCGUGUGGCCGAGGUGGGACCGGCCGCGGGGCACCGGGGGAGGAGGAGGAGGAGGAGGAGGGGACGGCCGGGGAUCGGUCCCACGGCGUCAGGGCUGCGGACGAACCCCCCCUCGCGGUGCUGCCCAGGGAGCCUGGGCCGUUGUGCAGGUGCUGGGGCCUGGCACGAAGGGGCCGCCAGCGCGCUGUGAGGAGCCGGCAGCCCGCUGUGAGGGGCUGCGGCGGCAUCGCCCGGCGGCUCUUUGAUCCGGGCCAUGGUAAAGGCCGUCUGCGUGAACGGGCUCAAAAGGCCCGCCGAGGGCGCGGGGGGACGGCAGGCGGCUCGGAAGAAGAGGAAGGCGGCCGGCGGCGGCCGGGAGCCGGGCCCUGAGGAAAAGUCAUCUUGCUUGUCAGCAGCUUUAUUUGGCGAGGACUGUGAGAUCAGCCGUGACCAGCUGUAUGAGUUGUUAAAGUUUGCAGCUUUGGGAAAAUGCCACAGUGCAGCACAGCCCAGCUGGUGCCGUAUUUAUCGCCAAAGCCACCUGGCUGGGGUUGUCGUUAUUGUUCUACCUGAAAUGAGCCAACUCCAUUUCUACCAAUUCUAUUUGCAGUUCAGACACCUCAGAAAAGUGUUCCGGCAUAGGUUCACAUUAACACCUUCUGCCAACUUCCUAGCCAGCCUGUACGGAGAAGGAGCAAACCCGAAACCUCAAAACACUGCACAAGGUUUGACUUCCACUAGUUCUAAAAGCUCAGACUUGAAAUGUGAUCCCAUCUUUCAGAAAUAUGGAGGAAAAAAACGUGGUCUUACAAGCUAUAUUCUGACUUCAGAAGAGCUGAACAAAUAUGACUAUCCCAUAAAAGGCUCCACUAGAUGGAAAGGCUAUGUAUGUACAGGGUGUGAUAAGCAGAGGACGGACAGCAGCCCCCUCUUUGGUCUGGAUUGUGAAAUGUGCCUGACUGCAAAAGGGAAUGAAGUCACUUAUGUCUCUUUGGUGGAUGCACGGGGUCAGUGCCUCUUGAAUGAACUCGUCAAACCUCAGAGCGAAGUAGUGAACUACCGUACCAGCUUCUCAGGAAUCACAGAGGAAAUGCUUCUUCCAGUGAAAACCAGCCUGUCAGAUAUCCAAACCAGACUAAAAAAAAUACUUCCCCGUGAUGCAGUAUUGGUGGGUCAUUCUCUAAAUAAUGAUCUUCAGGCUUUGGAAAUGAUCCACCCCAGUGUUAUCGAUACUUCAUUGCUUUUUGCCAGAACAGGAAAUCGAAGAUUUAAGCUAAAAUUUCUAGCCAGAGCUGUUUUAGGGAAGGAGAUUCAAUGUGAAGAAAUGGUUGGGCAUGAUCCUGCAGAAGAUGCUAGAACUGCUUUGGAAUUGGCUCAAUUCUUUAUUGAGCAAGGACCAGCAAAGGUAGCAGAACUAAACUUGGAGAUGCUUCUGAAAGCUGAAAACCUGGCUGAGGUCUCAAAGAAAAAAGAUGCGUUACAGCCACAAGGAUGUAGGGUCCAGCAACAGUUGAAUGAGCCUCCACAUUUAUCCAAACCAUGCUUUCUUCUCUCUGCUAGUUUUUUAGAAUGCUUGCAGGUGACUGGCCAAAAACCCCUCCUUUUGGGCAGACAGGAACUAGACUCUUCUGGCCUGUGUCAGAGUAACCUGAGCACUUCAAACAAACAGAUUCUUCAGAAAGCCUUAGAAGAUGUUCCCCUGUCCACAUUCAGUAUCAUUCAGUUCAGUUUGGGUCCAGAAAAUAUUUCCUCUCGCCUUCUUGCUGAACUUUGUGAAAAGGUGGGAAGCAAGCUGACGGACAUGCUCACAAUUUACGCUGGUCCGUUUGAAGAAAACUUUCGCCUGAAGUCUGUGAAAAAAAAGUUUGGGAAGUGUGGACCAAUCCAGUGUCUUACAGUGGUAACUGAAACGUACCAGCCCUAUGUCUGUAUCCAAUACGAAGUGCUGGAAGCUGCCCAGCUUGCUGUGGAAAGCCUAAAUGGAGCUGAGGUAGCAGGAUCCUGCAUUAAGGUCCAGAGGCCGGUCACUGCAGCAAUGCUGGACUGUGAUGUUUUGAUAAAGGAAUUAGAACUGGAUGUAGAAAACGAAGGUGUGAUUUAUGUGGCGGGUCUAAAGCAGUCAGUAACAGAGAAGGACUUGCAAGAAGAAUUUGGCCAGUUGAAAGACCUGGAAAUGCUGUUCCUGCCAAAGGAUCUCCAGAGUGCAAAGCACAGGAACUGCUGUUUCCUCAAAUUCCAGAAAUCGCAGAGUGCUGUGGAUGCCCUUGAAGUUAUAAAUGGCUGGACCUUGAAGGGCAGCAAACUAAGAAGUAGGCAUGCUCUUGCUUCAGGUCACCUCUGGAGAUGGAUUUGGCAAAUGAAUCACAGCAAUGGGAAGCAAAGAGGAAACAUCUUUUAUAAGAAAAUGCAGCAACUGCCUGACUCUGAGCAGGAUCUAAAGAAAAAGGUGAAGAAGUUAGACAACCAUAUCCAAAAGCUUUAUAGAAGUCUGCAGAAUAACACCUUGUGCGUUGUCCUCUUUCCUGGAGUGAACAGCACGUAUGGAUCACAAUCUGGCCUUGGUCUGAUGGGAAUAAAAGGUGACAGAGGGAGGAGUGCUUGUUAACUGCCAAGUUUUUAAGCAAAGUCUUUUGUUAAGAUAUUUUUAAUUACUUUAAAUAUUGAUGUCUUUGUAAAGAUCUCUUGCCAUAAGAACAAUAGGCUUUCACUCUGUAUCUUUUACAAAGCCUAAAAAUAAAAGCUAUUCAAAACAUCUUAAAGCACAAAACCUUUUCCAUUAACCCUUCUUGUUGUGGCAGUUUUCCUCGGCAGUGGGUGAACUGGGCAAGUGCUGAGGCAGAGCCAGGCGCAAACCGGGGUGGGGCGGGGGGUGUUGGUGCGACAGCCCGUCGGUAUUGACCCGCAAGAUGUACCUCAGCCACUCGGUGACUGCCGGCGACUGACGUACCAGCCGGGCUGUCUUCACUGAAACCUGUCGGGCCCUCAAACCAGCAAGCCAAGUUAAUGUAGAACCUGCAGCAGCUGCUCAGUGGUUAACGGCCUUCUCAGGAAUUGUGUGGAUUUCUGGAAAUGUGCUGUGCCAGCUCUGCAGCGGAGUCGCUGCCUCCUUUCCGGGAAAGCACCGUACUUAGUCCAUGGAAAGGAGGAAUUGGUGAUUCAUACUUCUUGGACAAUCUUCACUUUCUCCUCCCUCCCUGACCGCCCCCCACACCCCUCACACACAAAAAAAAGGAGGAAAAAAGAGAAGUCCCAGUGCGGCUGUGGGAGGGGCAAGGGCCAUUUUAAGGCAAGGACAUGUCUGUGCGAACGUCACACAUCACUGACAGCAGGGCGCUGGAGGCGCAGAGCUGCAGUAAGGCUCUGCUCUACCAGCAGCGGGUGCAACCCGACAGCUUCAGACCUGUGCUUUGCAGCCAUUGCCAUCUAAAAUAAAGGCUGCUUGACCACCUCCUGUAAAAAAAAAAA